GGUCUCGUUACCAGGCCAUAAAAUCCAAAAAAAAAAUUUUUCGGUUAAUCUAUGGUCGAACAAGAUUGACGUUUCACUUUCAUGUUUCUUUUUCAUUGAGUUUGUCGUUAAGACUUAUUUCUCGUGAUCCUGUCAAAAUGGUCGCUGCUAAGAAGCAAAAAAAGACUAUUGAGUCAAUCAACUCGCGAUUGGCUCUAGUUAUGAAAUCGGGCAAAUAUUGCUUAGGUUACAAACAAACCUUAAAAACUCUGAGACAAGGAAAAGCCAAACUGGUCAUCAUUGCGAGAAAUGCUCCCCCACUAAGGAAAUCUGAGGUGGAGUAUUAUGCUCUACUAGCCAAGACUGGAGUUCAUCACUACAGUGGCAAUAACAUUGAGUUGGGAACAGCUUGUGGAAAGUACUACCGAGUUUGUACCCUAGCCAUCACAGACCCUGGUGACUCAGAUAUUAUUACGACAUUACCUGACGCAACUGCAUAAAUAAAUUAAUUUUAGAUAA